CUCGUAUUCUCACUCAACUUUGCUCUCCUACGUCCUUCCUGUAUUGGACGCAGCCAUCUACCUGAGCCUGGCAACCUCGCCGACGAAUAGCCACUCAGCCAGCUUCGACGUCCCCUCACGCACACUCCCCGGCCAUAGAGCCACAGAGGAGAUCAUCAGCACACCAAUCGAGAUCUGAUCCGGCAGGUUCAAAGAACUAGAGGUCAUAGGCAAUGGCAGCAGAGGGAGCAGAGGGGUCCAGGAGGUACGCCGCCGAGGGCGAGCUAGAGGAAUCGCCUUCCUUCUGCAAUGCCUUUUGGGGCAACGGCGAUGCUGGCUAUGAAGCGAUCAACGGACGGAUGAAGACAGCGAGCAGGACAAUGGAGGAAAUCAGAGCAUUGUACAAGGAGCGGGCAGAAAUUGAGGCAGACUAUGCCAAACGGCUGGGCAAGCUCGCAAAGUCGAUCGUUGGCAAGGAUGAGACAGGUUCCACCAGGCAGGCGCUCGAGGUAGUGCGCGGAGAGCUCGACAUGACAUCACGAGUGCAUGGCGACCUCUCCGUGAUGAUCAAGAAAGACCUCGAGGGAGCGAUCACAGAGUAUCAGACAAAGUCUCAAGGAGCCAGGAAGACUGCAGCAGCAUCCAUCGAGAAGCUCUUCAAGAACAAGCAGGCACAGGAGACCUACGUCAAUAAGUCAAGAGAGAGAUACGAGCAGGACUGCAUCAAGAUCAACGGGUACACUGCCCAGAGCAGUCUUGUCCAGGGAAGAGACUUAGACAAAGUGACCAGUAAGCUUGACAAGGCGCAAUCUACUGUACAGGCGAACGACAAAGAUUACCAGAACUUUGUCAGAGCCUUGAAGGAUACCACGUUGCGCUGGAAUACCGAAUGGAAGGCGUACCUGGAUCAAUGCCAAGACAUCGAAGAGGAACGUCUCGACUUCAUUAAGUCGAAUCUAUGGAACUACGCUAAUGCUAUCUCGGCAGUCUGCGUAGCAGAUGACGAAGGAUGUGAAAGGAUCAGGGUGGCUCUGGAGAAUUGCGAGACGCCGAAAGACAUUGCUGUCUUCGUUCAACAGAGGGGAACAGGAGCCGUGAUACCAGACGCUCCUGAAUACAUCAAUUACGCCAGGGGACAGCAUGGUUCGGGUAGGCCUUCCUCUCAGAUCGCCAACUUCGUCCGACAAACGACGCGCCCAGCUCAGCCUCCCCCGCCUCCUCCAUCGCAGUCGUACGGAGGAGGUUCUGGAACAGGGUCAGGAAGGGAUGGUGGAAGUGGUGGGCAAAGUGAUGUUGGCAAUGGUGUUUCCUAUCAGUCGGUGCAGGGCAAUGGAGCUCCAGCCGCUGAAGCAUUACCGCCAUCACAAUCUCAGUACAAGCCAGGAGCGCCGCCUUCAGGUGGAGUUGGACUGCCAGGAAUGGGUUUACCAGAACAGACUGGGCCCAGUUAUCAGCAGCUUCCACAGCAUCAGCCGCCUGUUGCUACGCCCCCUAAACCCGAAAGACGCAUGUCGGCGAAGAACUUCCUCGCGAGGACGCCAUCAAAUAGGACUGGUGGAGCUAGUGCGUACGGCGGAUCUGCCACUAGCUAUAACAACAGUGCCGCGCCGCAAUCGGCAAGUCUACCGCCUUCGGUCGCACCCGAUGCUGACGAGGACCCCAUCGCCAAAGCGUUGGCCAGCCUCCGUCUGAAGUCAGGAGGCAAGAGUCCAGCGCCUAGUCACCAGGGAAGACCAACCCAGUCCUCUGGUCCACCACCUUCGACAUUGUCUACUUCAAGCCAUCGCUAUUCCCAGCUGCCGCCAGGACGAGCUUCGUCACCUGGGCCGAGUUUGAACGGUAGCGUUGUGGUGCCGACGUCUCCUUCAGCAGCCUUCAUGCAAGGACCUCAGCGGAGUCACUCUCCCCUCCCCGUGGAGGACAUAAUGAGCUCUUACGGUCAGUCGUUCCCGGGCGAGCGGAAAUCUAUUUCUCUCUCCCGUCGAGGAUCCGUCUCCUCUGCCGUCAGCAGCACCCGCGUCAAUGUUGCUGCCACACAGCCGGCACAGCCGCCGCGGGGAAGGAGUCCUGCACCAUCAGGUGAAGGCUUCGCUGGUGUCGGGGCUCGAGGAAGGAGUCCGAGUCCGCAGCCUUAUCAAGGAGACUUCCGACAUCAAGCCACGCCAUCUCAAGAUGGUCGCACUCCGCGUCACCAGGCACAGAGCAGCAUAUCUGCGCCGCAACAUCCGCCGCAGAGAGCGGGGACUCCCCUUGGGAUCUCUCUGGAUGCUUCGGGCUCAGUGACGCACGACCAGAUGGCUCAAGAGUACAUGCAACGUACAGGCAGUGUCCCACCGCCUCAGCAGCCGGCAGCUCCUGCUCCUUAUCAGCAACAAGCUCCUUCGCAGCAGUAUCAGCAGUACCAACAACAACCAGCACAAGGCGGGGGCUACGGGCCGCCUUCCUCGCAUCAGCGCCCUAGCUCUGUUGUGCAUGGGCAACAGCAGCACGGAGGAUACUCUGCGCCUCCUCCGCCCUCCCAAGCUGCGCCUAGUCAAUAUCACGGUCAGCCUUCGCCGGGUCAACAUGGCUACCAGCAGUCCAAUGCUCAAUACGGUCAAGGAGCUCCUCCAUUCCAGCGGCAAGACUCUAGCAGCGCUGUCGGGUACAACAACUACGGCCAGCAGCAAGGGGCCGCGGCUCCUCACAGCUAUGGUCCGGGGAGAGGCUCGACACCAGGUCCAUCUGCUGGUGGUGAGACCCCAGCUUCGGCAUAUAUGCACCAAUAUCAGCGGCAGAGCAACCUCGCCUCCUCGACUGUUGGCCAGCAGCAUGAGCCCCAACGAUGGUCACAGCAUGGAGGUGGCGGUUCCCAGCCACCUCCACAGCAGAACGGCGGAUAUGCUGCUCCUGCUCCGGUGGUCCAACAGCCACCUCCACAGCAGCAGCAGCAGGCUCCGCCUCCGGCACAGCAGCAGAAUCAACAGCCUGCCAUUGCUCCUACUGGCCAAUAUUCGGAUACAGGCAAGCCGAUUCUCUUCUACGUCAAGGCUAUGUACGACUACACGGCCACUACGGAAGAGGAGUUCAGCUUUACGCUGGGAGACAUCAUUGCAGUGACGCAGACUGAUCCAGAUGGAUGGUGGCAGGGUGAAUUGCUGGACGAGGCCAGGAGAAAGAGGGGUGCCAACACUUUCCCUAGCAACUUUACGAAUCUGCUCACGUGACGGAAGACGUGUCGUGGUAGGAUGGUAGCUUGUCUGCGUUGCUCGACGUCUCCCUUGUGUACCUUUGCUUGCUAUUCGUCCCGCUGCCCCUUUGUCUUUGUGCAGCUUGUUGCUGCGAAAUGUAUACCACGCAUCUUCGGUAACCCCCCCUUGCGUGUACCAGCUGUCAAGGG